AUGGCCCAGUCCAAGCGGAAGAACGAGUCUCAGCCGAUGCCUCCACAGAAACCGAAGAUCUGGCGUGCUCUGCUCCCCAUAGGCGUCUUGCUCCUACUCAAGCAGUUGCCUCUCAGCGAGGACCAAAUGACUAUAAUCGGCCGAGUCGUUUUUGCCAUCCGGUUGGUAGCUCAAACGGGCGUGUUUUUGAUGAUUUAUAGAAGUAUAAGGAGCAACACAGAGGGAGACAAGGAGAUCGUUCCAGCUCACGAGAAGGACGCGGGCCUAGGCCAGAUGGAACCGGUCGAAGCAAUGACAGUUAAGCAAUAUGAUACCAACAAGUUGAUGGACCUCGUGCAGAAUCAGCUCAUACAAAUCGUCAUUGUCGUAUUUAUUCACUACAGGAUGGGUUACGUCCAACCAUUAAUCCUGAGCUCGGUCAUGGCGUUAAUGACUCUUACUGACUCGGAGGUCUUCAAGCUGCAUAUAUUAAAACAGGACCCCCACGACCAUAGAGCACUGCGACGGCCGUUUGGUGGCGUGAACCCACACAAGAGCGGCUUUUCAGCACUGGUCGACCAGUUCAUGGAGGCAACUGCGGAGGAGGAUGAAGGGCCGAAGAAGGGCAAGGGAGCUAAGCCUUCCAAGAAAUACACGAAAGCUCAUUAG